AUGUUUAACCUAAAUCUUAGUGCAACGUUAAAUGUUUCAAGAUUGCUUUAUAAUCCAAGUUUAUGUCUUCCUCAUAUCACUGUGAAAUCAUUUGAUCAACUUGUGUUACCAUUCACAAUACCAACAGCACCAAAUGUAACCAUUAAAGGCGUAGUGUUAGACAAAGACAAUUGUUUUGCAAAGGAUCAUGACGACAAAGUCUGGCCCGAAUAUGAACAAACAUGGAAAAAAUUAAAGGAAAUAUAUCCAAAAGAUCAUUUAUUAAUUGUUAGUAAUUCUGCAGGAACCGAUGAUGAUAUAAAUCAUGCCCAAGCAAAAACAUUAGAAUCAAACACUGGAAUAAAUGUACUUUGUCAUUCAAUUAAAAAACCAGGAUGUUUAAAUGAAAUCACUCAAUAUUUUGCUAAAUUAAAUGUUAAACCAAAUGAAAUCAUUGUUAUUGGUGAUAGAUUAUUUACUGAUAUGCUUAUGGCUAAUAUGAUGGGAUCAUGGGGAUGUUGGAUAAAUCAAGGUGUUGAAUUAAGUGAUAAAAUUUUGCCUAAAUUAGAAAGAGAUUUAUAUAAUAGAUUGGUUGUUAAUCGUCCUGAAAAUCCCUAUUUUCCACCAACUCCAAAUUAA